UUUGCUAACCUUGUUAGGGUUAUGCUGGCCGCAUUGCGUCCCUCUUUCCUUCCUAUCACAGCCUCCUCUUUUCUUGUGUCGCGAGGGAUCAGCUCGGCUAUGGUUCGCGUGAGCUCCAGUUUGGGUGGCGGCAGCGAACGAGUGGCAAAGGUAGGCACGCACAAUGGGACUUUCCACUGUGACGAGGCACUGGGAUGCUUCCUCAUCCGCCUCACGGACAAGUUCGCCAAUGCGGACAUCGUCCGGACCCGGAACCAAGAGGUUCUGGACAAGCUUGACGCGGUACUGGAUGUUGGUGGUGUGUACGAUCCCGAGAAAGAUCGUUUCGACCAUCACCAGCGAGGAUUCGAUCAUGUCCUAGGCAAUGGAUUCAACACAAAGCUCAGCAGCGCGGGCCUUGUGUACAAGCACUUUGGAAAGGAGAUCGUGGCCAAGGAGCUUGCGCUCCAACCGGAUCAUCCCGACGUGGAGGCCAUUUACGUUGCACUGUACAAGAACUUCAUGGAGGGAAUCGAUGCCAUUGACAAUGGAAUCAACCAGUACGACGUGGAUCAGCCCCCGAAGUACGUGGAGAACACUAACUUGUCUGCCCGCGUGGGGAAGCUCAAUCCCGACUGGACGGAGGAGCAAAGCGUGGAAAUGGAGAACGCUGCGUUUGCUCGAGCCAUGGAGCUGACUGGCAGCGAGUUCCAGCAAGCUCUUCGUUACUAUGCCAAGUCAUGGUUGCCGGCCAGAUCCAUUGUGCUCGACUGCAUCAACAGGAGAAAGGAGAUCCAUCCCAGCGGCGAAGUCAUGGUCCUGGACACGUUUUGUCCGUGGAAACAGCAUUUGUUCGAGCUCGAGGAGGAGCUCCAGAUCGAGCCGAGCAUCAAGUACGUGUUGUACGAGGACGAGCGAGCCGGGCAGUGGAGAGUGCAAGCGGUAGCUCUUGCUCCGGGGAGAUUCGAGAGCCGCAAGGCACUGCCAGCGGCAUGGAGGGGGCUGAGGGACGAGGAGCUCUCCAAGGUCGCGGGAAUUGACAAUGGCGUUUUUGUCCACGCCAGUGGCUUCAUCGGCGGCAACAAGUCGUUCGAAGGGGCGCUCCGCAUGGCCCAAAAGAGCUUGGCAUUGUAGUUCUCAACUUUAAAGUUCCAUUCAUCAAACAUAUCCGGGUGGAGCGCAAGCUCCUAACAUCAGUCUUUAUGGUUUCUCCAUUACCAGCGACAUAAUAAACCUUUACAAGUCA